UAUUAAAAAAAUAUAUGAAAAUAGUUUCUGUGAAAUAAUAAAUGAUUGACAAUUUAUCAUCGGAAGCGCCAUGAAUUGGAUUAAAUUGAUAUUUUACCAUAUAGCAGUUAUUGGGAUUGGAGUGCAAGCACUUCCGGGAUCUGCCCCGGAAAAUGGACCAAAAUUUCCCAUCCGGAUAACCGAUGGAAACAAGAAAAUAAAUGUCGGAACUAAGCUGGAUGAAAGAAAUCCUCCCAAAACUGGGUCUUUCGCCGCCAAAACACCGGCCGGUAUAUGGUCUUUCUCUAACGGUAAAGCUCUACCCUCACCGUCUCGGAAUGUGUCUCCAAAUGUGGUUCAGAGUAGACUAGCCAAAUUAAUGAAAUCAAUAGGAUUAAUAACAAAGGACCAAUCUUCCAAGUCCAGUUCAAAAAGUGGUUUAACAAAAUUGUCUACAUCAACAAAGGCAAAAACAUUAGACGAAGAACGACCACCAAAGGGACCACCAAGGGGACCACCAAUGCCAGUUUCUAUGAGGUCAAGUAACACAAAACAAGGAGGCGGAUCAAAAAUAUCAAUAGCCUCAUCCUACGACGAACAAAUGCCGGGAAGAGGCCCUGGCGUUAAGGUUACAUCUUACAAAAUGGUUUCUGUUGCUUCUGGACCUGACGAAAAAAAUGGAGCCAAACGUACAAGCAGUAGUUUAUCAUCCAUGUCUUCGUCAUCUAUGAGUUCAAACGGUGUGUCUUUCGGAAAAAGUUCUAUCACAAAGUUUUCAGGACCAGAUGAAAAAGAUGGAAGAAAAUCAGGACCUAAGUCCAUAGCAAAUAGCAAUGUUUCGCGUACUGGAAGCAGUUUCUCAUCAAUGACACAGUCUUCGUCAUCUAUGAGUUCAAACGCUGUGUCCUCCGGGAAGAGCUCUAUUACAAAGUUUUCGGGACCGGACGAAAAAGAUGGAAGAAAGUCAGCAGCCAAGUCUUUAGCAAAUAGCAAUGUUUCCAACUUGAAAUCUGCAACAGUACAAGGUUCUCCUUUGACACAGGCAAUUCCACGGCGGUUUUCUGGUCCGGAUGAGAAAGAUGGCAAGAAAACAGUCGUUAAAACAAAUCAAGGUUUACCUAAAUCAUCGAAGACUUCUUACAAAGCUAACACAGCAUCUACAUCUUCAUCAUCCUCACGAUCGAUAGUAACAACAUUUUCUGGACCAGAUGAAAAAGAUGGAAAGAAAACAAAACAAGCUUUGGCCUCCAAAAUGUCAGGAAAUUCUGGACAAAUAUCAUCGGCGUUCCAAAAUCUACGAACAAAGCUUGAACAGUUCAAAGCACAACUGUCAAAGAAAAAAUCAGCAAAUUCAUACCAAAACCUUAAAAGUAAAUCAUCUGACAAUGAUAAAAAGCCUGUAGUUGUAUUACAACGUCAACAAACUCUAACGAAAAAAGUCAUUGUCCCACAAGGAAGUCCAUUAAUUGGAAAAAAUGUACCCAAAAUAAGCAAUAUGCAAAUGCGUCAAAUGUUACAAAACAUUAACGGUAUCAACAGCGGAAAACGGAUUUCCAGCUCAUCCUCUUCGGUCUCAGGAACAGUACAGAGUUCAAAGAGCGGUGGUACGAUGCUUCCAAUACAAAAAUCUAACAUAAAAUACAAAGGUCCAGAUACUAGUAAAAUGACUCCUCAACAACGGAAAUCAUUCUUGAAAGCUCUUGGUCUUAUCAAGAGUAGAAGUUCUAUUUCUUCUUCGUCCUCCCUCACUUCUAAUCAAGGAGUACAAUCAUCAGGCACGAGAGGCAAAUUUUCCUUAACUAGCAACACUGUAUCACAAACAUCUGCAAAAACAGUCAAACCAGCAGAAAAAGAUUUACCAGAUUCAAUAACGCCAACUAGCAAUAAUGCACCACAAACGUCUGCCAAAAUCGCCAAACCAGCAGAAAAAGAUUCAGCGGACUCAAAAAGUCUUCGUUUAAUGAAAAACAAAAGUUCUAUGUCUUCACUAACCAGCAACGCUUUACCAAAAUCAUCUUCAAAGACAGUCAAAACAUUUGAAAAAGAUUCACCGGACUCAAAGACCCUUGGUCUUAUUAGGAGCAAAAGUUCAAUGUCGUCUUCAACAUCCUUUGGCUAUACCAGUGGAGGAAAAUCAACAGGCUAUUCUUCAUCGUUUAAAGGUAAAUCUGCUGUGCCAAAAACAUCAGCAAAAACAGUCAAACCAGCAGAGAAAGAUACACCAGAAACACCUGAAACAAGCCCAAAGUCAACAAGUUCUAAGAGCGGGGCUUUAAAAUCAAAGGAAGCAUCAAAACCAAUUAGACCCCACUACAGUGUCCAAUACUCGCAGUUAGACACUGAAGGCAAUCCUAUGGGUGAAAAAGAUAGCAAUUCAGCAGUAACUAUCGUUUCAAGUUCUAGUAACAACGGAAAUCAGAAAACAAAAUAUUCCUCUUAUGACCAACAGCCAGGAAAUGGCAAACAGAGUUCCUCAUAUACAUCCACAGGAACAUCGGACAAUCAGGGCUACAAAGGAACCUCCUAUACCUCCACAGGAACAUCUGGUAAUCAAAACUACAAAAGUUCUUCUUAUACAUCCGCGGGAACAUCUGGUUCAACAUUACAAUCUGAAAAUACAGACCAGUCAUACAACAUAAAAUCCGAACCAAGCGCUCCUUCAAAUGGUGUUUCGAAUCUUGAAACAUUAGUCUACGGCAGUUCUGGUCAAUCAGCAGGAUCAAAAGUAAAUACAGGGAAACCUUCAACUUUGGUCGGUUCAAAUCUGGUUUAUAAAGAUAACCCUGAUAGCUCUGUUACAUAUAAACGGUUAUCCUUUAAAUCUGUUUCACAAUUCGGAUCAAAUAAAAAAACAAAUUUCAUAGAAAUGCCUUCUGCAGUGAACUCAAGAAGCAAAAAUACAUUUGAUUCUGGACCAGGCAAUGAUGUUGGAAAAGGAAAUAUUGCCAUGCGGUACGAUUCUGGACCAGGAAAUGACGUUGGAAGAGGAAACAGUGCCGUGCGUUUAGAUUCAGGACCAGGCAAUGAUGUUGGUCGAGGAAAUAGCCAAGGUCGGUAUGAUUCUGGACCAGGCAAUGAUGUUGGUCGAGGAAACAGUGCCAUGCGUUUUGAUUCAGGACCAGGCAAUGAUGUUGAUCGAGGAAAUAGCCAAGGUCGGUAUGAUUCUGGACCAGGCAAUGAUGUUGGAAGAGGAAACAGUGCCAUGCGUUUUGAUUCAGGACCAGGCAACGAUGUUGGUCGAGGAAAUAGCCAAGGCCGGUACGAUUCUGGACCAGGAAAUGAUGUUGGAAGAGGAAACAGCGCCAUGCGUUUUGAUUCAGGUCAAGGCAAUGAUGUUGAUCGAGGAAACAGUGCCAUGCGUUUUGAUUCUGGACCAGGAAAUGAUGUUGGUCGAGGAAAUAGCCAAGCCCGGUACGAUUCUGGACCAGGAAAUGAUGUUGGAAGAGGAAACAGUGGCAUGCGUUUUGAUUCAGGUCCAGGCAAUGAUGUUGGUCGAGGAAACAGUGCCAUGCGUUUUGAUUCUGGACCAGGAAAUGAUGUUGGUCGAGGAAAUAGCCAAGCCCGGUACGAUUCUGGACCAGGAAAUGAUGUUGGAAGAGGAAACAGUGGCAUGCGUUUUGAUUCAGGUCCAGGCAAUGAUGUUGGUCGAGGAAACAGUGCAAUGCGUUUAGAUUCAGGACCAGGCAAUGAUGCUGGUCGAGGAAAUAGUCAGGCCCAGUACGAUUCUGGACCAGGAAAUGAUGUUGGAAGAGGAAACAGUGGCAUGCUUUUUGAUUCAGGACCAGGCAAUGAUGUUGGUCGAGGAAAUAGCAUAGGCCGUUACCAUUCUGGACCAGGAAAUGAUGUUGGUCGAGGAAAUAGCCAAGGCCGGUACGAUUCUGGACCAGGUAAUGAUGUUGGUCGAGGAAAUACCCAAGCCCGGUACGAUUCUGGACCAGGUAAUGAUGUUGGUCGAGGAAAUAGCCAAGCCCGGUACGAUUCUGGACCAGGCAAUGAUGUUGGUCGAGGAAACAGUGUCAUGACUUUUGACUCCGGACCAGGCAACGAUGUUAAUCGAGGAAAUAGCCAAGGUCGGUACGAUUCUGGACCAGGAAAUGACGUAGGAAAAGGAAACAGUGGCAUGCGUUUUGACUCCGGACCAGGCAAUGAUGUUGGUCGAGGAAACAGCAAAGGCCGGUACGAUUCUGGACCCGGCAACGAUGUAGGUAGAGGCAACAGCGCAAGACGCCUGGGCACUGGACCAGGAAAUGACAUUGGAAGAGGAAAUAGUGUAAUGAAACUAGCAUACAAAGCGCAAAAGUCUGAAACCGUAUCUUCAGCAAAAGCAGUUUUGGUUGGAAAACGUAAUAAGGAUUCAAAAAGAAAUUUUAAAACUAAAGGUCUUGAUUCGGGACCCGGUAAUGAUGUGAACAGAAUAUAUCUAACUAAGGGGUUGGAUUCUGGACCAGGAAAUGACGUAGGAAAAGGCAACAGGGCAAGACGCCUUGACUCAGGACCCGGCAAUGAUGUGGGCAGAGGCAACAGCGCAAGAGGCCUUGACUCAGGACCUGGCAAUGAUGUGGGCAGAGGCAACAGCGCAAGACGCCUUGACUCAGGACCCGGCAAUGAUGUGGGCAGAGGCAACAGCGCAAGACGUCUGGACUCAGGACCAGGCAAUGAUGUAGGAAGAGGCAACAGCGCAAGACGUCUGGACUCAGGACCCGGCAAUGAUGUGGGCAGAGGCAACAGUGCAAAACGCCUUGACUCAGGACCAGGCAAUGAUGUGGGCAAAGGCAACAGCGCAAGACGCCUUGACUCAGGACCAGGCAAUGAUGUAGGAAGAGGCAACAGCGCAAGACGUCUGGACUCAGGACCCGGCAACGAUAUGGGCAGAGGCAACAGUGCAAGACGCCUUGACUCAGGACCCGGCAAUGAUGUGGGCAGAGGCAACAGCGCAAGACGCCUUGACUCAGGACCAGGCAAUGAUAUAGGAAGAGGCAUCAGCGCAAGACGUCUUGACUCAGGACCUGGCAAUGAUGUAGGAAGAGGCAACAGCGCAAGCCGUCUGGACUCAGGACCCGGCAACGAUAUGGGCAGAGGCAACAGUGCAAGACGCCUUGACUCAGGACCAGGCAAUGAUGUAGGCAAAGGCAACAGCGCAAGACGCCUUGACUCAGGACCAGGCAAUGAUGUAGGAAGAGGCAACAGUGCAAGACGUCUGGACUCAGGACCCGGCAAUGAUGUGGGCAGAGGCAACAGUGCAAGACGCAUUGACUCAGGACCCGGCAAUGAUGUGGGCAGAGGCAACAGUGCAAGACGCCUUGACUCAGGACCCGGCAAUGAUGUGGGCAGAGGCAACAGUGCAAGACGCCUUGACUCAGGACCCGGCAAUGAUGUGGGCAGAGGCAACAGCGCAAGACGCCUGGACUCAGGACCCGGCAAUGAUGUAGGAAGAGGCAACAGUGCAAGACGCCUUGACUCAGGACCUGGCAAUGAUGUAGGAAGAGGCAACAGCGCAAGACGCCUUGACUCAGGACCCGGCAAUGAUGUAGGCAGAGGCAACAGUGCAAGACGCCUUGACUCAGGUCCCGGUAAUGAUGUGGGCAGAGGCAACAGCGUAAAACGCCUUGACUCAGGACCUGGCAAUGAUGUAGGAAGAGGCAACAGUGCAAGACGCCUUGACUCAGGACCUGGAAAUGAUGUGGGCAGAGGCAACAGCGCAAAACGCCUUGAUUCAGGACCCGGCAAUGAUGUGGGCAGAGGCAACAGCGCAAAACGCCUUGACUCAGGACCCGGCAAUGAUGUGGGCAGAGGCAACAGCGCAAAACGCCUUGACUCAGGACCAGGCAAUGAUGUGGGCAGAGGCAACAGCGCAAGACGCCUUGACUCAGGACCAGGCAAUGAUAUAGGAAGAGGCAUCAGCGCAAGACGCCUUGACUCAGGACCGGGCAAUGAUGUGGGCAGAGGCAACAGCGCAAGUCGCCUUGAUGCAGGACCUGGAAAUGAUGUAGGCAAAGGCAACAGCGCAAGACGCCUUGACUCAGGACCCGGCAAUGAUGUGGGCAGAGGCAACAGCGCAAAACGCCUUGACUCAGGACCCGGCAAUGAUGUAGGAAGAGGCAACAGUGCAAGACGCCUUGACUCGGGACCUGGAAAUGAUGUGGGCAGGGGCAACAGCGCAAAACGCCUUGACUCAGGACCCGGCAAUGAUGUAGGCAGAGGCAACAGCGCAAAACGCCUUGACUCAGGACCCGGCAAUGAUGUAGGCAGAGGCAACAGCGCAAGACGCCUUGACUCAGGACCCGGCAAUGAUGUAGGCAGAGGCAACAGCGCAAAACGCCUUGACUCAGGACCCGGCAAUAAUGUAGGCAGAGGCAACAGCGCAAGACGCCUUGACUCAGGACCCGGCAAUGAUGUAGGAAGAGGCAACAGUGUUAGUGUGAAUUCAGCACAAAAAUUAGCAACUUCUGGAUCAGAAAAAAGCAGUUCAGCUUGCAGACAGGGAUCUUUCUGUGGCUCUGAUGGAAUUACUUAUAGCAACGAGUGUGAUAUUUUAUCUCCUGUUUACAAAGACUGUGACGGCGACUGUCCUUGCGUCACUUCCGGUUCCAGUUCCAGUGGAAAUGAGGCCUUUUCUUCUUACACACCGACGGAAUUCCCGUUAGUGAACGGAGCUCCCCCCACUGUGAGGGACGAGUGUCCAAUGUGCCCCCUUGUAUAUGUUCCCGUGUGUGGCGUCAACGGAAUGACGUACUACAGUGACUGCGAGAGAGACUGCCGCGGAUCUGUACUCAAAGAAUGUGACGGCGAGUGCCCGUGCCCAGUUAUUCCAACAUCUGAAGCCGCCAUGUUUACAGGACUUAUUACACCGACGGAACAAUAUCCAUCCGCCACCGAGGCGCCAUUUUGCUCUUGUCCAGGAAAUGUGUAUAGUCCAGUCUGCGGAGUGGAUGGGCAGGUGUAUGAUAAUCCAUGUCUACUUGCUUGCGAGGGAGUAGUACAGGCAUGUGAGGGAGUCUGUCCAUGUAACCAGGCACCCAGCAACAACAACGACAUGUUUGUCCCGGCCUUCAUGCUGGCCUACUCACAGUCCGGCUGCAGCAAAUGUCUCACUCUGGACUACGAACCAGUCUGCGGAUCGGACGGGUCGACUUACAGGAACGAGUGCUACGCCAAGUGCAACGGUGUGGAUAAGAAGUGCUCUUCGUCAUGUCCUUGCAACAGCUGAAGAUGAUUUAGAGAAUUUCCGUAAUUAUACCAAUCCAAAAGGAGAUCAUUUGUCUCAUUGUGUCAACCACAGACACUUUUUUGUCCUAAUAUGGGCUGUUUUGAUUGAUAAAAACGAGCUUAAAGCUACAGAAGAUGUGUGUUUUGGAGUAACUGGUUUGUUGUUAUUUUUCUAUGGAGCCUUUUGGUCAAAAUGUGUUUCAGUAAUUUUUUUAGUUCCUAUAAUAAAGAUUAUGCGAAGGCAUGGUAAAAGCUAAAAAAAAAAAACUAAUAUUGUGUUUGAAGAAAAGAGUGGUUUGUUUAUCAUCGGAAAUAAGGUACGAAUAAAAUGAAUAUAUAGAAAUAAUGAUAAUUUGAUAAUAAAUGUGUUAAAAA